AUGUCGUGGAGUCAUGCUCAGAGUCACUGCAGAGAGCACUACUCAGACCUGGCCUCAGUGAGCGACAUGAAGGACCUCGAGAAACUCAAGUCUGCUGCAAGAGGACACACAGACUUCUGGAUCGGACUUCAUAGAACCAGCAACCAACGAACCUGGUACUGGUCUCAGCCCACAGUCAAGUACAAUGCAGCAGAGUCAGUGUGGGUUCCAGGCCAACCUAAUAAUUAUGAUGGAGGAGCGAAUAACUGUGUGACUUUGGACACAUCGGGCCGGUUGAACGAUAUUCCCUGUGAUGAGAAAAACAGCUGUUUUAUCUGCUUCCAGGGUCCAAUAAAAAAGACUUUGGAGAAAAUAAAGAUGUCCUCGUUUGUGGAUCUCAACCCACUCAGCCCCAUAUCGGAACAGCUGCGAGAACAUUUCAAAGCAAACAACCUGGGGGACGUCAAACUGAGCUGGAGCAAAGACGUCUUCACAAAGGAAAGAAAAAAGAAGUGA